AUGGCUCCACGCUCUUCGCGCGCGAGUGCUGCUGGGGCUGAUCCAGACACCUCGAUGGCCGACGCUUCUGAAAUCAGAGAACCGUCCGUCGACCCAAUGGAGGUUGAUGAGACCCCCGACUACACAGAAGACUCUGACACGAAUCCCAAUACCACUGCCAGCAGUGUUGUAGCAGAGGCGGAUGGUCGAAAGCGCAGAUCCGAAGCAACACAGCUACGACGAAGUGUCUUUGGAAAGAAGCACGACGUCUUGGGCGAGAGCAAGGAAGAUGAUUCUAUCAGACGUUUCCGAUACCUCCUUGGUCUUACAGAUCUCUUCAGACACUUCAUCGAGACAAACCCGAACCCUCGCAUUAAAGAGAUCAUGGUGGAAAUUGACAGACAGAAUGCCCAGACUGAGAAGGCCGCGAAGAAGGGCACCAACCGAAAGGGCGGCGCAGCUAACGACAAGCGUAGAAGAACGGAGGCCGAGGAGGACGCAGAGCUGCUGAAGGACGAGAAAGUUGGAGGAUCUGCCGAGACAGUGUUCCGGGAGUCACCAGGCUUCAUCCAGGGCGGCGAAAUGCGCGAUUACCAAGUUGCAGGACUGAACUGGCUUAUCUCUCUUCACGAAAAUGGUAUCUCUGGGAUCCUCGCCGACGAGAUGGGUCUUGGCAAAACGCUGCAGACAAUUUCUUUUCUUGGGUACCUAAGACAUAUCAUGGAUAUCACUGGCCCACAUUUGGUGGUGGUCCCCAAAUCAACACUUGACAACUGGAAGAGAGAGUUUGCCAAAUGGACCCCAGAGGUCAACGUUCUGGUACUCCAAGGAGCCAAGGACGAACGUCACACGCUCAUCAACGACCGUCUUAUUGAUGAGAAGUUCGACGUCUGCAUCACAAGUUACGAAAUGAUUCUCCGCGAAAAGUCUCACCUAAAGAAGUUUGCUUGGGAAUAUAUUAUCAUCGAUGAGGCGCACCGCAUCAAGAAUGAGGAAUCCUCCUUGGCCCAGGUCAUUCGUCUCUUCAACUCCCGAAACAGACUUCUGAUUACCGGUACACCGCUCCAAAAUAACCUGCACGAGUUGUGGGCUCUACUCAACUUCCUCCUCCCUGAUGUUUUUGGUGAAGCCGAGGCCUUUGAUCAGUGGUUUUCGGGACAGGGAGCCGACCAAGAUACUGUCGUCCAACAACUUCAUCGUGUCCUUCGGCCUUUCUUACUCCGUCGUGUCAAGAGCGAUGUCGAGAAGAGUUUGCUGCCAAAAAAGGAGAUCAACCUGUAUAUUGGCAUGUCUGACAUGCAAGUCAAGUGGUACAAGAAGAUUCUCGAGAAGGAUAUCGACGCAGUCAAUGGAGCUGGUGGCAAACGCGAAUCCAAGACGCGCCUGCUCAAUAUUGUCAUGCAACUCCGAAAGUGCUGCAACCACCCUUACCUGUUCGAAGGCGCUGAGCCCGGACCCCCCUACACGACCGAAGAGCAUAUCAUCACUAAUGCCGGGAAAAUGGUCAUGCUUGACAGACUGCUCGUUCGCCUGAAGAAACAAGGUAGCAGAGUCUUGAUUUUCUCUCAGAUGAGCCGACUGCUCGAUAUCUUGGAAGAUUACUGUGUUUUCAGAGAGUUCAAGUACUGUCGUAUUGAUGGUGGUACUGCCCACGAGGACCGCAUCGCAGCCAUUGACGAUUACAACAAGCCCGGCUCUGAGAAAUUCGUGUUCCUCUUGACGACUAGAGCUGGUGGUCUGGGUAUCAACUUGACUAGUGCCGAUAUCGUGGUUCUUUUCGACAGCGACUGGAAUCCUCAAGCAGAUCUCCAGGCCAUGGACCGAGCCCAUCGAAUCGGUCAGACCAAGCAGGUCGUCGUUUACAGAUUCGUCACCGAGAAUGCCAUUGAGGAGAAAGUCUUGGAGCGCGCUGCCCAAAAGCUCCGUCUUGACCAACUCGUCAUCCAACAAGGUCGCGCUCAGACUGCCGCAAAGGCUGCUGCCAACAAGGAUGAAUUGCUGAAUAUGAUUCAACAUGGUGCCGAGAAAGUUUUCCAGUCGAACGGCCCAACUGGUAAUCUUGCCGACAAGGGAACCGAACUGAACGACGACGAUAUCGAGGAGAUCUUGAAGCAUGGUGAGAAGCGCACAGCAGAGCUCAACGCUCGAUACGAGCAACUCGGCAUCGACGACUUGCAAAAGUUCACGUCCGAGUCAGCAUACGAGUGGAACGGGCAAGACUUCACCAGCAAGAAGAAGGAAAUCGGCAUGAACUGGAUCAAUCCUUCGAAGCGUGAACGAAAGGAGCAGUCCUACUCGAUGGAUAAGUAUUACAAGAAUGCUCUGCACACUGGCGGUCGAACUGCGGAUCCGAAGCCAAAGGCCCCCCGCGCGCCAAAGCAAGUGACUGCUCACGACUAUCAGUUCUUCCCUGGCGCGCUUCGAGAUCUGUACGACCGCGAGAAUGCCUACCACAAGAAGGCGAAUGAUUACAAGGUCCCCCUCCCCGAAGGCCCGGAGGAUGAGCUUUCCGACCGCGAAGCUGAGCGUGCUCUGGACCAAGCAGAAGUUGACAAUGCUACGCCACUCACUGAGGAAGAGAAAGCGGAGAGAGAUAAGUUGUCGAAGCAGGGAUUUGCGGACUGGAACCGCAGAGACUUUCUGCAAUUCGUCAAUGGCUCUGCUAAAUACGGUCGGAAGGACUAUGAAGCCAUCGCCAGUGAGGUUGAUAACAAGACGGCCGAAGAUAUCAAGGCAUAUGCCAAGGUCUUCUGGCAGCGAUAUACCGAGAUUCACGAUUACAGCAAAUACAUCAGCAUGAUCGAGGCCGGCGAGGAGAAAACCCGCAAAUUAGAGCAUCAACGCAAGAUGUUGCGCAAAAAGAUGCAACAAUACCGGGUCCCUCUCCAACAACUCAAGAUCAACUACUCCGUCUCGACUACAAACAAGAAGGUCUAUACCGAAGAGGAGGAUCGAUUCUUGUUGGUGUUGAUAGACAAGUACGGCGUUGAGAGCGACGGGCUUUAUGAGCGCAUCCGUGACGACAUUCGUGAGAGCCCUCUCUUCAGAUUUGACUGGUUCUUCCUCAGCAGAACCCCCGUCGAGAUUAGCAGACGAUGUACCACUCUCCUGACAACUGUUGCUCGCGAAUUCGAGGAUCCACCAGCAACCAAGAACGGUACCAAUGGGAAAGGCAAGCGAGAUCUGGAGGAUGACGAGAACGACGAAGACAGCAUCCUGGGUAUGGAGCCUGUGAAGAAGAAGUCCAAGAACGGCGCCAAGAACAAGGCCAUCGACAACAUCAAGUCCAAGGCAACUUCGGCAGCUCCCUCGUCAUCUAGAGCAUCUAGUGUAUCGACGACGGCCGUCACCCCACCCGCCGCGAAGGGCAAGGGCGGCUCAGGAAAUGGGUUGAUUACGGAACGGAACCCUGAACGCUCUCUUUCGCACUAUUUAUGGGUCAAAAUUGGGAGGGAUUAUGGGGGGCGUAGUCAUGAAGGCGCGAUCGUUGAUUUGGCGUAUGGAGGGAGAUUCUGCUGUGGGUGUUGUCGUUGUUUUGCGGCGCAAGAAUGGUGGCAGGCUUCAUGGAUACACUUGAUUGAUACAGAUACACUUGAUUAUUCUUUAAUUAUGGUACCGUUCCUUGCUAGUCACUACUCCUGCACCUUCCUAAAACCUCCUCCCUUUCCCUUUCCGCGGGUAUCCGACUCGACUCGACUGGACUCGAUUCGAUUCGACUCGUCUCGUCUCGGCUCGUAUCCCAGACGGACUCAAAUGCACACCACACCAGGCCUCCGUCUCCUCUCCAACGCAUCCUUCAAAGCCACUCCCCGACGACGAUUCUCCUCUCCGCCCUUAUCACUACUACUGCUACUACCACCACUACCACCACCAGCACUACUAGCAGCACAACAGCAGCAGCAGCAGCUGGGCGCCAAGCGAUCGUUCGCUAUGACGAGCUCGUUGCCGUCUCUGUCUUCCCGAGACCCGCGACGGUUUGCGCCGAUGAGCCUUGGUGCGGGUGCGGGUGCGGGUGCGGGUGCUGGUGCUGGUGUGGGGGAAGGAGGAGGCCUGCCGAGGUUGAGGGGGGUGAUUUUCGAUGUUGAUGGGACGAUUUGCCUCCCCCAAAACUGGAUGUUCAGCCAGAUGCGCACAGCCCUCGGCAUCGACAAGGGCACCGACAUCCUCGACCACAUCCACUCCCUCCCCACGCCCCAAGAACAAGAAGCCGCGCACGAGAAGAUCCGAGCCAUCGAGCGCUCCGCCAUGUCCUCGCAGGAGCCCCAGCCAGGCCUCGGCGCCCUGGUCGACUACCUGGACGCCCGCGCCAUCCCCAAGGGCAUCUGCACCCGCAACUUCGACGCCCCCGUCACCCACUUCCUCGACCGCUUCCUGCCCGGGAAGGAGUUCGCGCCGAUCGUCACGAGGGACUUCAGGCCGCCGAAGCCGAGGCCCGAGGGUAUCUGGCAUAUUGUUCAGAGUUGGGGCUUCGUGGGCGAGGAUGGCGGGCCGGAUGCGCGGCAGGUGAUUAUGGUUGGGGACUCGAUAGAUGACAUGACGGCCGGCUAUACAGCUGGCGCCGCGACCGUCUUGCUCGUCAACGAGGUAAACGCGCAUCUUGCUGAUCACGAGCAUACGGAUUUAAUCGUGUCGCGAUUAGACGAGCUGAUUGACAUCCUAGAGAAUGGCUUCGUGGGGAGGAUUGGGAGGGGGGAGGAUAGUAACACGGGGGCUCGAGCAGAGGGCGUUCUGAGGAAUAAGAAGGCCGAAACUGUCAUAAGCGAGCAGACGGACUAG